AUGUGUGUAUGUGAUAUUAAUCGAUUUUCUAAUCGUUUUCUAUUUAAUCAUACAUCAAAUAAUGAUUGUCAAGGAUAUAAUCGUUGUGAAAAUGGUGGUCAAUGUUUUCAAAACAAUGAAACAUGUCCAACAAAAUCAACUUGUAUAUGUCCAGAUUGUUAUUAUGGUGCUAAAUGUCAAUUUUCAACGAAAAGCUUUAUGUUUUCACUUGAUUCAAUUCUUGGAUAUCAUAUUAAACCAAAGAUAUCAUUUAAUCGACAACCACUAAUUAUUAAAAUAAGUAUUCUUAUUAGUACAAUUAUAUUAAUAUCAGGAUUAAUUAGUGGAUUAUUAUCGAUUGUAACAUUUCGUAGAAAGAAACCAAGACAAGUUGGUACUGGUUAUUAUCUUUUAUUAUCCUCGAUUACUUCAAUAUUUACAAUAAUUAUAUUAACUAUUAAAUUUUGGCGAUUAAUUUUUUCACAAAUGUCUUUGAUCAAUAAUCGAUCUAUACUGUAUUUCAAUUGUAUCUCCAUAGACGUUAUUCUUAAAAUUUUUUUAUCAUCAAGUGAAUGGCUAAAUGCAUGUGUAGCUAUUGAAAGAAUAAUUAGUAUUAUGAAAGGUGUUCAUUUUAAUAGGAAAAAAAGUAAAAAAUUAUCUAAAUGGAUCAUUGUAAGUGUAUUUAUUUUAACAAUAUUUACAUACAUUCAUGAUCCUAUUCAUCGUCAAUUAAUCGAUGAUAUAGACAUUGAUGAACAUCAAAUUUGGUGUUUUGUCCAAUAUUCAUCAUCAUCUGUUAAUAUUUACAAUUCAUUUAUUACACUUUUUCAUUUUCUAACUCCGUUUUCAAUUAAUGUUAUAUCUGCUCUUUGGAUUAUUAUAGCAUCAGCUUAUAAUCGUAUUGGUGUACAACCUGAUCAAUCAUUUCAACAACAUUUACAACAUCAAAUACAAAAACAUCAACAUCUUUUAUUUGCACCAUGUAUGUUAAUAUUAUUGAAUUUACCUCGAUUGAUAAUUUCAUUUACAAGUGGAUGUAUGAGAUCAGCACGUAAACCAUGGUUAUAUCUUAUUGGUUAUUUUGUCUCAUUUAUUCCAUCAAUGUUAAUGUUCUUUGUUUUUAUAUUGCCAUCAAAAAAUUACAAAAAUGAAUUUAAUACAAUGCUUCAAGAAGCAAUGAUAAGAUUUCGUAGAUCUUCUUGA